AUGUGUAAACACGUUCUCAACGCCCAAGUAUCGAUCCGCAGCCCGUGCUGCCGCAAGUGGUUCGACUGCGCAGAGUGCCACCACGAGAGCGAGUCGCACACGCUCAAGCCCACGCUCGAAAUGACGUUUGCCUGCAAAAAGUGUCGCAAGUGCUUUCGCAAGGAGGUCGAGUCCUUUGAAGAGGCCGACGAGUACUGCCCUCACUGCGAUAACCAUUUUGUCCUCGAGGCCGUCGUGCCCAAGCCGGCCCUGCGCGUCGAGGGAGAGGACGCCCGGGUGGACAACCGCAUGCUGAAGGACGACCGGGUCAAGGAAGAUGAGCUCAGGACAAUCUUUGAUAUCGACAAGGAUGCCGACAGACUUGGUUAA